AUGCCAGCCCCCCGCCACCAGCUUGUGCCCUUUUUUUUCAUUGCUCUCUUUUUCCUGGUUGCUGGGGAAGGUGGGGUGAAUGUGCUGGCACGCUCCAGUUCUCUUCCACUUAUCCAAACACUGCUGGAUCAUGGGCCUUUGAAAGAGCAGAUGGCUGCAAGACACGAGUUGAGCCUACAACACCUACGCUUCAUGCUAGAACUCUAUCGCAGAUCUGCAGAUGGGCAUGGAAGACCCAGAGCCAACCACCAUGCAGGGGUGGCAGUGCGGCUGGUAAGACCCAUCAGACAGGCAUCUCCUGUACUGAAAGAUAGUUUUUGGCAUAUGAAGACUCUAAAGUUUAGCCUGCAAGGGGUGACAAAUGCUCAGCAGCUGGUCAAGGCCACCAUAAUGCAUCCUGUUGCCCUGUUUCUUGGAAAUGCCCACUUUUCCUGCAAGAUGGGCCUUCAGCCAGAUGCUGGUACUGCCUUCAGGAGCCGAGUUCGUGCUGGAAAUAGGAUUUGGGCUGAGGCGGAUCUCACAACCUACCUCAAAACUCUGAUGAAUGUGCCAAGAAAGACUUUGAACAUUUACCUACAGCUUAUCUGCAUUAAGGCUGAAAGACGACCUAUAAAUGUAUUGGAAGUCACUAAUUCUCACACUCCGUUUUUGCUUCUCUACUUCAACCACACAUUAGAAAGUCUUGCCAAUGAAGAGAGAAUUGCCUCUAAACGUGAGGUUGUGCCAGGCCUGCGGGUACGGAAAUCACGCCAAGCAGGGACUAUAGGCAUCAAACUUCCAAAGUUGCGAAGUCAAAAUGGUCAAUCCAAGAACCAGUGUGUUCUGCGUCCAUUCUGGGUCAGUUUUCACCAGCUAGGAUGGGACCACUGGAUAAUUGCACCCCACAGGUACAACCCAGGCUACUGCAAGGGAGAUUGUCCCAGACUGCUACACGCGGGAUAUAAUUCUCCCAAUCAUGCCAUCAUCCAGAACUUCAUCAAUCAGGUAGUUGAUGGGAAUGUCCCACGUCCAUCUUGUGUUCCAUACGCCUAUGGUCCAAUUAGUGUCCUUAUGAUUGAACCUGGAGGCAACAUCCUAUACAAGGAAUAUGAAAAUAUGAUGGCGCAAUCUUGCACCUGUCGGUGA